UUAAUGAUUUAUGGAUCAAAGGGCCAACUCUGGUUGGUUUCUGCAGAUUUGAAGCUUCCUGGGGCCAGAUCUGAGCAUGUGGGUGUUACAAAACUCCUCCUUUGCCUGGGGCUGGAGCCUGGGGGACUGGAGGAGAGCAGUCCCCGUUUCAUCCUGCAAGUGCUGAACACUCCUGGGCUCUCCCAUCUCCUGCCUCCACACCUCCAGAUACUGGCUCAGGAGGGGAAUGUGGUAACAUCUGUGGGAUCUCCAGGCAGGAAUAAACAUGUCAGCCUUGAAGCUGGGGAGGCUGAGGAAUUGUGCAACUGUCCUUGGGUCACUCCUCACUGCUGCUCUCAUUGUGACUGUCCACAGUCUCUGCGCGGCCCCGCCGCGGUCGCAGUCGGCAGAGCCCAAGGAUCAGCUGGAGGACAUUGAGCUGUUCCCCUAUGGAUUCAGGAUGGAGCUGGUCUGUCGGCCAGGCUACGGGAGAAAAGCUUACACUCCAAAUGUCCUCGUCUGCGGAGCCAAUGGGGUGUGGCACGGACCGAGUGACAUCUGCAUCCCCAAGGCGUGCACCUACCCCGGGGAGCCGGCCCACGGCAGACUGCUCCUGCCCGGAUCCUUCACUUUUGGCUCCACAGUGAACUUCACCUGUGACACUGGGUACAGACUGACUGGACACUCUGAGAUUGAAUGUGUGCUUAGAAACGAGGUUCUCACAUGGAACAGAGACAUUCCCACCUGUCAGGCAAUUCCCUGUGCACCCCCUCCAGAAAUCGCAAAUGGGCAGCACAGUGGGAUGGACAAGGAGCAUUUUGUGUACGGGGAUUCUGUCACCUACUGGUGCCACAGCCCCAGGAGGGGGCAGAGACCUUUCUCCCUGGUGGGAGAGGCCACAAUUAUCUGCACAACCACGGAUAACGUGAACGGUGUGUGGAGCAGCCCAGCUCCGGAAUGCAAAGUGGUGACCUGUAAGCAGCCGAGAGUGGAGAAUGGGAAGCUGCUGAGCGGGUACCGGCCCCACUACACCUUUGGGGACACCGUGGUGUUCGACUGUGAUUUGCACUACAGCCUCAGCGGCAGCGGGGCCUCCAGCUGCAGGGACAGCGACCUCUGGGAGCCCCCCCUGCCCGUGUGCCAGCGCAGCAGCUGCGAUGAGCCCCCGGAUGUGAGGAAUGCUGUGAAAGCCAGGCUGGCUGGGAAUCUGUUCCCUGUGGACACCGUGGUCACCUACGAGUGCCAGCAUGGCCACCAGUUCAGCGUGGGGAAAACCACCUGGAACAUCAGCUGCCUGCAGGGUUUUGUGUGGAGUGAGCCCCCUCCUCCGUGUGAAAGAAUUCAUUGCCCAGAUCCACACAUCCCAAAUGGAAAGGCCUUGCACCCAUGGCAAGUGAAAGAGGGUUAUGAGUACGGAGACAGGCUGGAAGUGGCGUGCAGUGAAGGAUUUGCAUUUGAAGGCCGUGGCAGCAGCAUCACCCUCCGCUGUGGCAGCGAUGGUGGAUGGGAUCCAGCAGUGCCAGAGUGCAUUCCAGAGCCACACUGCCCAGAGCCAGACAUCCCUCAUGGAAAGGAGGUUGGUAAAAGCAGGAGUGACUACCCUGUGGGGGCCCGGGUGAGGCUGGAGUGUCAGGAGGGCUUUGCCCUCAGGGGCCAGGCAUCCAUCACCUGUGGGGCUGAUCUGAGCUGGGAGCCCGUGCUGCCCUUCUGUGACAAAGUCUGUGGGCCCCCUCCACAGAUCUCCUUUGGGUACCACUCUGACAGGGGUUACACGGAGUUCCCUUAUGGCACCAAGGUGACCUACAAAUGUGAAGAGGGGCUGUCCCUCGUGGGGGACGAGUCCAUCUACUGCAGCUCAGAUGAUGGGAAGAGCCUGGUGUGGAGUGGACCUGCCCCGGAGUGCAGGGUGAUCCGGUGCCCCAAGCCCGUGGUGGAGAGGGCAAGGAUGACCCCACAGACGUUCACCUUUCCCUACGGGCUGCUCCUGCACUUCUCCUGUGACGAAGGCUUCAGGCUGCACGGUGCUGCCCAGAGCCAGUGCCUGGCUGAUGGCACCUGGGGCCCUCCCCUGCCCACCUGCCAGCCAGUUCGGUGCUCCCAGCUCCCGAGGCAGGAGGAUAUCGUGGUUCACUUCAACAAGCUGUGGUACGAGGUGAACGAAACGGUGUCCUUCCACUGCAAACGUGAUGGGGCAGCUUCCAAAACCACCUGCUCAGCUGAUGGCACCUGGACACCACCACCCUCGUGUAAGAAGCGUGAUGUGUGUGAGAGGAUUCUUCGAAACAAAGCAGCUUUCCAGUGUGGAAUUCCUCUGUCAGAACUGAAAACCCUGCUGGAAGUCCAGAAACUCUACCUGGAGAUCCAGAAACUUGAAAAGGAGCUAAAAAUCGCCACCUACAGCUGACUGGUGGCACUGGCAUUGUAAGAAGCAUCCUCUGUGUGUUGGAUCAUGAUGCUGGCUGAGGAUUUUUUAUGACUUUGUAAUUUGUGCUAAUGCUGAAGUGGCCAGGACAAAAUUUAUCAAUCGGCCACAGGUUUGGUCACAUGAGGAGUCGAUGAGUUGUGAGUUAAUUUUUAGGUUCAGUUUGUAGAUCACUUUAUGCCUUUUAAAGCUUCACAUUUAGAUCCGUUUGCCACGCUGGCAGGGCACAGCUAGGGAGGAACGGAGUGGAAAGUGAAUUUUGGUGGUACAAACAGGCAUGAAUGUGGUGAGAGCCACUCACUCUCCAGUCCAUCCCACUGGGAACAUUCCCUCAUUAGUGGGAACAACCCCUUCACUGCCUAAUUACUUUUCUCCUGGCCAGGAAAACCUCAAAGCCUCUGUCCUAGCAAAGCAAAAAUGCCAGCUUUCCUUCUCAAGCAUGGGUCCAUGGCAGUGGACCCAGUCUGUCUGUGCCCCAAGGACAAAUAACUGUACAGAAAUAAAUGGCUGGUUUUUAAAUUCUUUUUCUGCACCAUCCAGUGAAAGGGAAGCUCUGUGCAGGCCAUUUGUCUUGUGAUGGGACCAGAGAUUAUAAUAAACCUGCAAUUGUAAUGACA